AUCCCAGCAUUCCCUGCACCCUGUCCUUCUGUAACUUAGACUCCAGUGUGCCGCGCAGUGUGCGCAAAUUCAUAAACCCUCCUUCAGCUUUGGGGUUUCUGAAUUCGGAGACUUGAAACUGUGCGGGAAGACUCCCUUAACUCUCAGAGGAGGAUGACAGCCCAGAGAGGGGUAACGUCUGUUUACAUGGAACUCAGAAAUCUCCUGCAAAUCAUGGCUCCUCUCCACCCCGCUCCUGGGCUACGACCCACCUCGAACGGUCUCUCCCAAGCCCAGGCCGCACUGGAGGUCUGAGGCUGCCAACGCCGCGGGGGGAACCUAGUGUGGGCGGAACUCGAGUGCAGCGGCGGGAGGCUUCCGGGGGAGCCGCAAGGGCAACGGGUCGGCGGAGGCAGAAAAGCGUCGGACGCCGAGCCGAUCAUGGACGCUUGACAACCUGCGGACAGGCGCCGGGAGGCCGAGCCAGCGACCGAGAGGACGGAGAGACGGCGAGGGCAGAUCUCAAGGCCAGAGAAUGGCAGGUGAACAGAAACCCUCAAGUAACCUCCUGGAACAGUUUAUUUUACUAGCCAAAGGUACCAGUGGCUCAGCCCUCACUGCUCUCAUAAGCCAGGUGUUGGAGGCUCCUGGAGUAUAUGUCUUUGGAGAACUGCUGGAGCUGGCCAAUGUGCAGGAGCUUGCAGAAGGAGCUAAUGCUGCAUAUUUGCAGUUGCUGAAUCUGUUUGCCUAUGGAACAUACCCAGAUUACAUAGCCAACAAGGAGAGCCUGCCAGAACUGAGCACAGCUCAACAGAACAAGCUGAAACACCUUACCAUCGUGAGCUUGGCGUCGAGAAUGAAGUGUAUCCCCUACUCCGUGCUGCUGAAGGACCUGGAGAUGAGGAAUCUCCGGGAACUGGAAGACCUCAUCAUUGAGGCUGUGUACACUGACAUCAUCCAGGGGAAGCUGGACCAGCGAAACCAGCUGCUGGAAGUGGAUUUCUGCAUUGGCCGUGACAUCCGAAAGAAGGAUAUCAAUAAUAUUGUCAAGACCUUGCAUGAAUGGUGAGACUGAAAGAAGGAGGGGUCCCCUCUCGUUAGGGAGGGGGACAUAUGGCGUGCCCUCUGUGCCUCUGCUUCGGGAAAUGUUGUCUCCCAGUAUCAGCUGGGGCUGCUUGGGAGCUGGAGCCUUAGGACAGUAAGCCAGGGAGUGGGGCUGCAUUUGUGACCAGAGCUGUGUGGCAACAGGAAUCGCUGCAGGCCUCCCAGGGCCUUAGUUGUAAAAUAGUUCUCAUCCUGCUGCAGCGGGGGGACUGUUUAAUAGCAGGCUUGGCAGGUGGAGCCUCUGGAGCCUAGCCAUGUGACAUGGAUCCAGUGCUUUGCAAACUUAGCCUCCGAGUUUGACCAAGCUCAGGAAGUUAGUGUUGAUCAGAUUCUGUGGAUACGAGAACUCACGUUCAGCCUCAGUAACUUUGGGCUAGUGUUGGUAAAACAUUGUGAGGGAUAGUGAAGAGAAGGAGUGGGUUAUUCUAAGUUGGAACACAGACGCACACACAGACUGUUUGAUAACCAUAUUCUGGUAUAUAAAAAGAAGUGGGACAUUUGUGGGGCGCCUGGAUGGCUCAGUCGUUAAGUGUCUGCCUUCGGCUCAGGUCAUGAUCCUG